CCUACUGUGUCAGUAACGGAUCGUCAUCUUAAGCUAACAAGUCUGUCGAAAGGCGAAACUCACUGGAUUUUCCUCCUCUUGCGCAACCUCAUCAAGCAAGGGGCUUGUCUAUCUUUGAUUCGACUCUCUGGACCUGGAACGCAUCCUUUAGCUAUCACGGGGCCAAUAAAUUGCCUUUGCGUGAUACGCUGGCUUUUUUUCAAAGACGAAUUCAACAUGGAAAAGCUGCCAAACGAGCUUCUGCUGCUUAUUGCAGAAGAGAACAUACAAGAAUUUGAAUACAUGAAUUACUUGCCUCUGCUUCUUGUGUGUAAGCGCUGGCGUUCGUUGUUUCUUUCGCAUGCCUACGCAUGCGUCAAAUUGGAUGUGAAGCAGAUCAAGUCUUUCUUGGUCACUGUCCAGGGUAACCCAUCCAUUGCGACGUCUAUCGUCUCUCUGCAAGUCGAAGCGUCAAGCAUCACCUUUGAGGUCACAACAAACGUCAUUUCUGGCAUCCGCAGCCGUGUCGCAGAGCUGAGCCAGUCAGCAGAAGAAACUGCGGAAUGGGAAAAGGAGUUGGUUAGAGGCAAUCACGAUGCGUGGAUCGCUGUUCUUCUGACAUGUCUGUCGAAACUUUCUUCUCUUCAUCUGAAUUCUGCAAUGCUUAUCGGCAAAUAUGUUCGCGGUAUCGUGUCACGGGCAGUAGCACGACAGGCAGCCUUCACACCGAUACUCCAGGAGCUCCAGACAUUUGGUUUUGAACCCAUGUAUCCAGGCGGCUUGUGGAUACCCUUUCACGCGGGCGAUCUUCCGCCGUUCUUCCAUCUACCAACUAUGAGACGCGUCGAGCUGUGGUGGGCACUGAUAGACUCAGACAACAUGAAUGGCGAUGCCACGGCUGGCCUUGAACUUAAACGGGGAACUCUGCCCAUCACUGAAAUCGAUUCACUUGGCAAUGGGAGACAUGGUCUAAUUCAGUUCAUAGCAGCCUGCCAGAAUCUCGAAAGUUUUCGUUGGCGGCAUAUAGAUAUAGAAGUGCCUAGGAAGUCAUUUAGAAGAUUUCGACCUAGGGCAUUUCACCGUUCCCUUUCGACGCAGAAACAUAGCCUGGCAGAGCUCUGGCUUAAUCAUCAAGAUAUGUUCGAUGUUUUUUCAGACCUUGAAGAAGAUGAAGGUGGUGAGCAAGAGUCUAAACUCGAUCCUCCUGACAAUUGGUUCGGCUCGUUGGCGGAUUUUGUGGAAUUGCAAGAGCUACGCAUUCGUGUUGUCAAUCUUCUAGACCUCCGCUCCUCAUGUCCCGAACCAGGCAAAGCUCUGAAGAAUAUCCUGCCUGGAAGUUUAGAGCGUCUCUUCAUUACAGAGUGUCAUGCAGAGCAUACCGGUCGAGUCCAUCAAGAGCUGAUGGAGCUUUUCGCAUGCAAGACGCAGAAGUUUCCCAACCUCGAACUGCUUGUCAUCGCGUGCAAAUUUCUCAAAGAGUUGGAGCCGCCCGCUGCUGCUCGAUGCGAAUGUGUGCCGGGUAGCCUUCAGAAGUCAUUCAUCGAGCCUAUCAAGGCAGCUGCAGAAGGUGUCGAUGUCGAUUUUAGAGCUGCGUACAAGAUAGAUCAUUAUGAGUGCUAUGUAUAUGCCACAAUUUGAACGACUUGAAUGCAAAGGGGAAGUCUGAAAUCCGUGACUGGUUACCGGAUGGUCUCCUCCUCAUGCAAGUUCUGUUCUCUCUCUUUGUGUUGCGGCAUAACUCCGAAUACUGGGAAG